UCUCCUGUGCUAAAGACCCAGACAAUCACCAUCUCAGAUGUCACCAACUCCCUGAGAGGAACCGUGACCUACAAGGACGUCCCCUUAGUUCACACUGAGACCAAGACCAUUACAUAUGAGUCAGCACAGCCGGUGGACAGCCUGGCAGAGAGGGACUCAGGGGUGCUGCUGAGUGCCCAAACCAUCACCUCCGAGACCAUCAGCACCACCACCACCACCCAGAUCACAAAGACGGUGAAAGGCGGGAUCUCUGAGACUCGCAUUGAGAAGAGAAUCGUCAUCACUGGAGACACUGAAAUAGAUCAUGACAAGGCUUUGGCUCAGGCCAUUAAAGAGGCAAAAGAGCAGCACCCAGAUAUGUCUGUUACCAAAGUGGUUGUGCACCAGGAAACAGAGAUCACCCCAGAGUAACAUAGACUGAUCCUUUGGAAGCUGCCCCCACUUAUCCCUCCUUUCUUGUGUCGCCAUCACAUCAUUUUACCUCAGCACCCCCCAGCCAUAAGACCCAAAUGCACUGCCUUUGCGACGUAAAUCACCAGACCACAGGAGAGGGAAUGAGUAUCAACUUUGAACUAUGAACUUGAAUCUCCAUGAGCAUGGAGUUCGGCCUGAAGGAGACAGUCACCAGAGCAUUCCCAAGAACCCUCCCAGUAUUCCCCACAAUCCCCAUCUUGUUCCUCUUACUGCCAAAAGAUCAACCACUGAACUCACAAAAAAAGGAAAUUUAAGAGAAAAAAAGAAAAUAAAGUACAGCAUUUGUGGAUUUUUUUCUCUCCAAUUUCUCUGGAGAUUUUGAGAAAAUUUUCAAGGGCAUUUGGUGUUUUAAUCUUGAGAUUAAUGGUACUUUAUUUUUCUACAGUUUUUCUUACCAUCAGAAUUGGUUAUCAAUAACUUGGAAUUGAAGUGUUUUUUUACAAUGUAUUCAAAAAAGUAUCAACUUUUUUGUGGGAUUGUGGGUGAUUUUUCUUGGGAUUGUAUACAAUGGGAGAUGAGGAUCCCUCUCAAAUUUUAGCACGGGUUUGGUGUCAUUUCUUGUACAGUAAAUAUUUAUUUUCCCUCUCAAUGUGAAAAAAAUAUUUUUUCAAUUCAUGUAUAAAAAAAAAAGAUUGAUUUUACCAAACCGGGGGGCUAUUACUCCUUUCACCUAAUUUAAAGUUCAGACUUGUUCAUUUGUUGAGUGAUUUUGAAAUCUUUGAUCGUUUUAGUUGUUCUUGUUGUUCUUGUUGUUGUGCUUGUGUCACUAGAACAGGGCUUUAUCAGGACCAAGGAGACAGCAGUGUAAUGAAAUGACCUUUUCUUUAUUUAUUCCCAACCCUAUUGUAUUUUUGUGUGUUUUGCAUUUUUAGAUAUACUCAGCACACUUGUAUGUAACCUCAAGAUUUUUUACUGAGAACAUUUCGGUCAUCAUAUACAGUUAAGUCAUUUCUACUAAUUGAUUUCAGCAUUUGAAGUGUUUCUGUGUAUUUUCAAUUUCUACUUCUUUACUAAAUGGGCAGUGUGUACUCAUCCAGGGAGAGGAAAUCAAAGUUCAUGACAAUCUGAUAAAGGCAGUAAUUCAAUUAUUGCAUGUCACUGUCAACACAUUCCAUUCUUCUUUACACCAGGUCCAAAUGUAAAGCCUGUGAAUUUAAGAUCUAUGCUUAAACCACAA